UUUCAAAGCUUCUCAACGACCAAAGCCUGUCCCAUAAUCACAUUUCAUCAUCAAUGGAUACACACAUUAUUCACUGCAUUUUUCGUCUUUAAUCUUCCAAAAAAAGGGAGAAAAACAGAAAGGAAAUCGAGGAAAAGUUGGAGCUUGGAGCUCAGAGGGAAAAAGGUUUUCGGCUUUUCUUCGCCCAUUUUUGCAGUUUUCCGCGUUGAUCGGAGAAAGAAUGAACACGGCGGUUGGGAGGCAGAGAUCCGGUACGUCGGGGGCGCACCACCAGCGGCAGUACUCCGACAAUUUUAUGGAAGCUUCGUCGAACGGGCGGUGGCUGCAAUCGGCUGGUUUGCAGCACCUGCAUUCGUCAAGCAAUGCGGCGCCUCCAGUUCAGGAGUUUGGGUACUUCAAUGGUGGUGGUCAGGGUUCAAGGGUAUACAGGAGUGUGCAAGGCCAGAGGACUUACAGUGGAGACAGCAAUUUGUUUGCCGAGCCAUUGACGCCGCCGGAGAAUAUGUGGAGGAAGAAUGGGGAUGACCAAGUUUCGCCGAAUGAGUACAGCCCCGGGCUUUUGGAUCUGCAUUCGUUUGAUACGGAGCUACUUCCCGAGUCGAAAGGUGAAACUCUUUUUGGUACACAAAUGGGGGUUGAGUUGGCAAUUCAGGUUGCGGUAAUGAAUGUGGUAUCAGUUCCUGGCCCCUAUGAUGGCCCUUCAAUGAAUCACUUCUCACGGAGAAGAAGUUUUGAUGACUCUGACCCGUACUUCGGGAACAACAAACAAGCUGGCAGAGCUCGUGCUGUGCCUGAAAGCAAUGUUAUGAAAAGCACUGCAGCUGAUAAUGUGAAGGCCAGCAAUGUUGCAAAGAUCAAAGUUGUGGUGCGUAAAAGACCUCUAAACAAAAAGGAACUCACAAAGAAUGAGGAGGACAUCAUAGAUACCUAUUCAAAUUCUCUAGUUGUCCACGAGACAAAACUUAAGGUUGAUCUGACGGAAUAUGUGGAGAAACAUGAAUUUGUUUUCGAUGCAGUGUUAAAUGAAGAAGUCUCAAAUGAUGAGGUCUAUCGUGAAACCGUGGAACCUAUUGUUCCGAUUAUUUUUCAACGUACAAAAGCCACUUGCUUCGCUUAUGGGCAAACAGGAAGUGGCAAAACUUUUACCAUGAAACCACUGCCUCUAAAAGCAGUUAGGGACAUCCUGAGGCUCAUGCACCACACUUACAGGAAUCAAGGUUUUCAGCUAUUUGUUAGCUUCUUUGAGAUAUAUGGUGGAAAGCUUUUUGAUCUUCUGAGUGAUAGGAAGAAACUUUGCAUGAGAGAGGAUGGUAAGCAGCAAGUCUGUAUCGUGGGUUUGCAAGAGUACCGAGUCUCUGAUGUUGAGACAAUUAAGGAACUUAUUGAGAAAGGUAAUGCAACGAGAAGUACGGGCACCACUGGUGCAAACGAGGAGUCAUCCCGUUCGCAUGCCAUUCUUCAGUUGACCAUUAAGAGGUCAGUCGAUGGCAGUGAAUCUAAACCUCCAAGGGUUGUUGGCAAGCUCUCCUUCAUCGAUCUUGCUGGUAGUGAACGUGGUGCAGACACUACUGAUAAUGAUAAGCAGACAAGAAUGGAAGGAGCUGAGAUCAAUAAAAGUUUGCUUGCCCUGAAGGAAUGUAUUAGAGCACUCGAUAAUGAUCAGGGGCACAUUCCUUUUAGAGGCAGCAAACUAACUGAAGUCUUGAGGGACUCAUUUGUAGGAAAUUCCCGCACAGUAAUGAUAUCGUGCAUUUCACCAACCUCAGGAUCCUGUGAGCAUACCUUAAACACCUUAAGAUAUGCCGACAGGGUUAAGAGCCUCUCCAAAGGAAAUAACUCCAAGAAGGAUGUUUUGACUUCGACCAUUAAUCUGAAAGAGUCAAUUGCCCAGCCGUUGAAUUUAGUCCCGCCACCGAUAUCGGCUGUUGAGGAUGAUACAGGCAAUUCAUGGCCGGAACAAACUGAUAGAGAAGAAUACAAUGGUGAUUUUUAUGAACCAGAAAAACCAACAUGGAAGAACACGAGAGUUGAAUCAUCAUACAGCUUUUCGAAUAUGGAUGAUAAAACGAGGAGAGCCAAUGGCCAGUCCAAGUGGAUGGAGCCUGCUAAGGCAGAGAUAAAACAUUCAAAUUCAGAUGAUAAUCUGAAUGCUUUACUGAAGGAAGAGGAAGAUCUUGUCAAUGCACACAGGAAACAAGUUGAGGAGACAAUGGAAAUUGUUCGCGAGGAAAUGAAUUUGCUGGUCGAGGCCGAUCAGCCAGGUAAUCAGCUAGACGAUUAUAUUUCACGAUUGAACUCGAUUCUCUCCCAGAAAGCUGCUGGCAUCCUACAUUUACAAAAUCAGCUGGCUCAUUUCCAAAAACGCUUGAAAGAGCACAAUGUCUUAGUCUCCUCCGGCUAUUGACCGUUGGCAUAAUAUAAUUUGUGAUAUGAUGAUGUUUGCAUAUAUAUAGAGAGAGAGAGACCGAUAAUGGUGCAGCUCGUUUUUUAUGGAAACCCACAAUCGAUCAACGGUGUUUGGUUGAUGAUGAUAUAGCUGAAUGGUUCAGCUCGACAAGUUGGAACAUUUGUCCAGCCGUUUUGUACAAUUUUCUUACUGAUAUUUUUUAGCCUCUUUGGCCUGUUUGAGGUGUGUAAAAACGGCUCCAUCUGUUGGAUCCUGUUGUGGUUUUAUUGAUUUGUUAGUGGAAAUUACCAUUGUGAAAUCGAUGAUGCUCUUCAGCAUUUGUAUUUCUUUUACAGUAUGUAAUGUUUC